AUGAAUUAGCAGCUUGUAGGGAAACAAGUUUCACCUCUCUUCCUUUCAUACUCAUUCAGUUUUUCAUAACCAGUGUGAUUUCUUUUUUCCCCAGAAUUUGUUUUUCUUUUGUAGUUUUAUUUGUCUGCAAUAAGUUUUCUAUUCCACAAUUCUGAAAUGUUUUAGGUUGGAUGAGUUACUUCGGUAGAGGCUGGAGUGGUAGUUCUUACUUAAGAUGACUUUCUUUGUAGUUAUGUAGCCAUAGUACUACAUAUCCUUGUGACCCACCAGUUUAGCUCUAAUUAGUUCUGCUUUGAUGCUGUGUUUGUGCAAUGAACAUUUCAGUGAGGACCUCUCACAAAUAUACUUUUGGUUCAAGCUUAAAUGUUUAUAAGUGUAUUUCUAACUGUAUAACAGAAGAUAAAUUUUGAAUUCUGAUUGUUCUGUCAGUGAUUUAGACAAUGACCCUGGAGGUCUCAUCUUUUGUAUGCUUUCCUUUUUACUGUUGUAAAACAAGGAGGACUAUGGCAAAACAGGUAGACAGUGAACUUGCAGAGAAAUCUUUUUACGAUGAGAAUUAGAAUUUUGUGAUUUUUGUCAUAUGCACUGCAGCACCAAACGGUUUGAAUGUUUUGAUAUGCAUACAAAUUAAUAGAAAUAUACUUGCAGUCUUCUUUCAACUGUUGCUACAUUUUUGCAUGGAUAAAUUAGUUAUUUUCUGCUUGGUAGAGCAAUACAGGAAGGAAAAAUCUGCACCAAGAAGUGUAUUACAUAUCCUGUAUUUCUAGAUGUAUUAAUUGAAGUAGCCAUUUUCAUUAACUUGAACUGUUCCGUCACUGCAAGAGAGGUGAGGCAUUUUUGUUGUGCAGGCAUCAAUUGCUCUGCAAAAUUUGCAAAAUAUGAGCUGACUUUUAAAAAUUACUGGUUUCUAUUUCACGGCAUAGCUUGGUUGACUUGACUUGAUUUUAAAAAAUUGCCUUUAAAAGAACUUCAGGAUGCAGUGCAGCAUAGAGCAACAGCAUGGUGUUUGAAAACAUAAAAGGUAGACCUAGUAAUUAUCAACUUAAAAAGCACCCAUAAAUAAACCAGUGGCUUUCACUCUGCAGCAAAAUGUGGAAAUUCCACCUCCCAAAUUAUCCGUGUUCAACUUGGUGAUGGAUAUUGUCUCAGUUCAAAAAAUGGGAAUAUUUCUCUAAGGCAGCAAAAUCAACUAAUUUGACUCUUGUUAUUCUUGGCUUUACUAACUCGAUGGCCUGUUGCCAGAAAUCAAUGAUGCAGUCGCAAGCAAGUGCUUGAGCUGUUCCUUUCCCUCCUUUUAUUUCCUCUGGACUCUUGCAUGCUAGGAAUUGCAAUUCUUAGAGUCUGCUUAGAGUAAGAGAUCUCCUGUGUCUAAACUUCCCUGAAAGCAUUGGUAACAUAACUCUGCAACCUGUUUGUGUGUAUUGUUUUCUUUUCUCCCGCCCUGGCUGCAAACUCUCUCAGGUCUCCGCUGGUUCACGCGCCCAGCCACGGAUGCCGCUCGACCCACAACAGCCCAAUUCACACUGCUACUGGCUCACGGCUCACUCAGAACUUCUCUGUGUCUGUUCCCACUCUCAUCUACACCGGAUUCCUUUCAAUGAAGAUCCCAAUCCCAAUACAUAUUCAUCAGGACCCUCCACCCCUCUGAAAAACCAAACCUAUUCCUUUUCACCUUCCAAGUCCUACAGUCGACAGUCCUCUUCUUCUGACACAGAUUUGAGUUUGACACCCAAAACUGGAAUGGGCAGUGGGAGUGCUGGAAAAGAAGGGGGGCCAUUUAAAACUCUUUUAAGACAACAGACUCAGUCAGCUCUGGAACAAAGGGAGUUCCCCUUCUUCACCCUGACCGCCUUCCCGCCCGGCUUCCUGCUGCACGUCGGGGGCGUCGUCAGCGCGCGCUCCGUCAAGCUCCUGGAUCGCAUCCACAACCCCGCCUUUGUCGGAAUUAUGGGUAACACAAGAUCAUACAAACUGCUAGACUGGAAUAGUUUCAAUUCAGAUGAACCAGAGACACGAGAUGCCUGGUGGGCAGAAAUCAGACAAGAGAUAAAAUCCCAUGCCAAGGCAUUGGGUUGUCAUGCUGUAGUGGGCUACAGUGAAUCAACCAGCAUUUGUGAAGAGGUCUGUAUUUUGUCCGCAUCUGGCACAGCAGCUGUACUGAACCCUAGGUUCCUUCAGGAUGGCACCAUGGAAGGCUGUUUGGAACAAAGGUUGUCAUGGCAGCCUGGCUUCUUUUCCAUAGGGUCAGAGAAGGGAGAGGUUGAUUUUUUUCCUCAGAGCCAAGAUAGUUCUUCUCUAUUAGGGAUUGAAGAAGCUUCACCACCAGGUUGUGGAUUUUGCCAUAUCCCAUAUGAUGAAUUGAACAUGCCAUUUCCUGCCCACCUCACCUACUGUUACAACUGCAGGAAGCAAAAAGUUCCCGAUGUCCUUUUCACCACAAUCGACCUUCCUGUAGAGGCAAUAGUUGUUGGGAAGGGAUGUCUCAUUCAAGCCAGGCUGUGCCGGCUGAAGAAGAAAGCUCAGGCUGAGGCCAACGCCACCUCCAUCAGCAACCUGCUGCCCUUCAUGGAGUAUGAAGUGCACACACAGCUGAUGAACAAACUCAAGCUGAGGGGAAUGAAUGCCCUCUUUGGGCUCAGAAUUCAGAUCACUGUGGGGGAAAACAUGCUGAUGGGCUUGGCAUCUGCAACAGGUGUGUAUUUAGCAGCUCUGCCCACACCUGGAGGCAUUCAGAUUGCUGGCAAGACUCCAAAUGAUGGCACCUACGAGCAGCACAUAUCCCAUAUGCAAAAGAAAAUAAAUGAUACAAUAGCAAAGAACAAGGAACUCUAUGAGAUUAAUCCUCCAGAGUUACCUGAAGAAAUUAUUGGGUCUCCCAUUCCAGAGCCAAGACAGCGUUCCAGGCUGUUGAGAUCUCAGUCAGAAAGCUCUGAUGAAGUUACGGAGCUUGACCUUUCACAUGGCAAGAAGGAUGCUUUUGUCUUGGAGAUUGAUGACACAGAUGCAAUGGAAGAUGUACAUUCUUUACUGACAGAUGUUCCACCACCUUCUGGUUUCUACAGUUGCAACACAGAAAUUAUGCCUGGUAUAAAUAACUGGACACCAGAAAUUCAAAUGUUCACAGCAGUUAGAGUGUCCAGAUUAAGCAACAUUAACCCAACAAAUCAAACACUCAAUAAGAACUUUAAUGAUCUCUGUGAGAAUCUGCUGAAGAGUUUGUAUUUCAAGCUGCGCUCCAUGGUGCCCUGCUGCCUCUGCCACGUCAACUUCACCGUGGCUCUGCCCGAGGAUGAGCUGGUUCAGAUUGCAGUCACAGCUGUUGCCAUUACAUAUGACAAAAACCAAGCACUACAAGCCAACAAAGCACCUACAGAAAAAUCACAGCAAAGAGCAUCUACAGACAAUGAAGAACAGCUCCAGUUUCCCUUGGAACUUUCCUCUGAUCCCCUUUCUUCUCAACCAUUCUCUCCAGCUAAAGAAGCCCUGGAGGGUGCAAGUUCCCACACAGGUAUUCCUGCUGCUCAGAGAGCAACGUCAGUUGAUUACAGUUCCUUUGCAGACAGAUGCAACAGCUGGAUAGAGCUCAUUAAACUGAAAGCUCAGACCAUAAGGCGCGGAUCAAUUAAGACAACUACUUCCCUUGAAAAGGCAAGUCCGUUGGCUGAGGGGUACUUGAGGCACCGUUCUGUCCCGUCGGGCACCAAUUCCACUGUCUCAGUUGUUAAGAUGACUCCUCUUUCCUUCCUCCCUGGGGCGAAAAUAACCAAAUACCUUGGGAUAAUCAACAUGUUUUUUAUUCGAGAAACCACUUCUUUGCGCGAGGAGGGUGGUGUCAGUGGCUUCCUGCACGCUUUCAUUGCUGAGGUGUUUGCCAUGGUGAGAGCCCACGUUGCAGCUCUGGGAGGGAAUGCAGUUGUGUCCUACAUAAUGAAGCAGUGUGUUUUCAUGGAGAACCCAAACAAAAAUCAGGCGCAGUGUCUGAUCAAUGUCAGCGGCGACGCCGUCAUCUUCGUGCGCGAGUCGGAGCUGGAGGCGCUGCCCGUGCCGGCUCCUGCGGCCGCGGCCCAGCCCGCGGGCUCUGCCGGGGACGUCACCACGUGAGGGCUCAGCGCUGCCCCGUGCCCUGCCCGGCACCGAGGCCGCUCACAAUGGGGAAUCGCUGCGUUUGCAUCUUCAAAGUCAGUGUCUGUCCGUGGAUUCGCAGCCCGACCCCAGGACAGUCACUCUUUUUGUUGUCGUAUGACUGAGGGGAGUCAGAGCAGGAGCUGGCAGCUGAGCUCUGCUCCUUUAUUCCUCUUCUGGCCUCUGUGAAACCAGGCAGCACGUGAAGCGCUCACAGGAGAACGUGGAUUACAACAGCAGGCAUCUCAUGGAACUGUGGAAGGAAGGAUUCUGUUCCUUUUUGAGCUGUUCGGUGGGACCAUGCUGAGUUGUCAUUUGGAACCAUAUCUGAGUGUGAGUGUUGUCUGUCUGUCUGUCUCAGGUCAGGGUGGGAGGGAGGUGCCUGAGAAGGCUGGGCUGGAAACCUUUGAUGAACAAGCGAGAGAUUUGUGUGCAGGCCAAGGAAACGUGGGCUGGACUCUGGAAUUCCUUUACAUCAUAGAGUGUGGAGAGAAAAAGCAGUACCAAAAAGUUACAGCUUGAAUUUCUGCUCAUUGAAAGUAUGUUUUCUUACAUUGUUGUUGUUUUUAUAUUUGGGAGCUGGGGGCUGUUGUUUGUUUCUUUAAUUGUUUUUUAAAAGCUGCCAGACCACAAUGCUGUGAUCCUGGGCAUCCCUGUGGUGGGACAAAAAAACCCCAGAACACAACCAAGAGUUCAGAGUGUGUCUGGUGCUAACACAAGAGGUUCCCUUCAGUAUUGACAAAGCAGAUCUUUUCGUUAUUUAAGACUUUGAGAAAGAAUUGUCCUAAGGUUCAUUUUCCUGAGGCAGGAUCUGUUUCAAGGAUGACACAAACAGUCCCCCAAAAAUCAGUUGUGCAGAGGUUAUCCUGCAGCCUCUUCCUGUUUGAGUGCCUGGCUAAUUGGAGAUUGAUUUAUGUGUCUGACACUGGUUCCACUGGGGUCUUUUUGUUCUUUUCCAGUGCUGUAGCUGGGAAAUAAGGGUACUGCACAGACAGGAAAUUUGUCAUUUCCAGUAAAAGUCUGAAAGGUGAUGAUAGUCUAUUGUAAAAAAAAACCAACAGAAAACCAUUGAUUUGAAGAUGCAUUCUUGCUUAAUUCUGACAACAUUGUACAUGGAACUUGAACAAAGAUGUAAACUUGAAUGUAAAUAUUCUGUUUAGAGUUGAAAUUAAGCAAUGGCAUGAUAAUUUGUUAAAACUAAUUAUUUCAUUGUAAAUGAGCAUGAAGAUCAUUCUUGCACAAUAAAUAUCUUU